AAUCAGUCUCUCCGUAUACAUUAACGAAAAUUGUAUGAAAAUUUCUGAUCUUUCGAGUAAAAAAAAUCUCGGAUUCACUUUUGAGGCUGUGUUGUGUUGAUCGAGAAUAUCAGAGAUGAACAUGGAGCGCAGAGAAGAUGAGCACCAGAAGCGCGACGAUUCUAGAUUCAAUCAGACCCUCAAAAACGUCCAGGGGUUUCUUAAAGGGAGAAGUAUUCCUGGUAAAGUGCUAUUGACCAGAAGACCGGAUCCUCCUCAAGGCCCCAUCUCUCCGACUUUUCACCGGAGCCUGUCGGAGAACGAUGCCGGAAGAAACGAACACUUGGCUAAUUCUGUUGAGGCACAAGACCAGAGUUCAAGCAAAAGAAACGACAAUACAAAUGCUAGUAAGAUAAGAUCUUCAAAUUCCAAUGUUGAAAGUGUUACGAAAGAAGUUCAGAACCUGAAGAUAGGUGUUAGAGCUACCGACUCUGCAAGAAUUACAAAGUUCAACAAAGUUCUCUCAGCAACAUCUGUCAUAUUAGAGAAGUUGCGGGAGCUAGCAUGGAAUGGUGUACCCCACUAUAUGCGCCCUGAUGUCUGGCGGCUUCUCUUGGGAUAUGCACCACCUAAUUCAGAUAGAAGGGAGGCCGUUCUAAGGAGAAAACGUCUUGAAUAUCUCGAAUGUGUUGCACAGUUUUAUGACAUCCCCGAUUCUGAACGUUCAAAUGAUGAGAUCAAUAUGCUUCGCCAGAUUGCUGUUGAUUGUCCAAGGACCGUGCCGGAUGUUUGUUUCUUUCAGCAAGACAAGGUGCAAAAGUCGUUGGAGCGUAUUCUUUAUACAUGGGCCAUUAGACAUCCUGCUAGUGGAUAUGUUCAGGGAAUAAAUGAUCUCGUCACUCCCUUUCUAGUUAUAUUCUUGUCAGAAUAUCUAGAAGGCAGUGUAGACAGCUGGUCAAUGUCUGAUCUAUCUACAGAUAAAAUCUCGGAUGUUGAAGCUGACUGCUACUGGUGCUUAUCAAAGCUGCUCGAUGGCAUGCAAGAUCAUUACACAUUUGCCCAGCCAGGAAUUCAGAGACUUGUAUUUAAGCUGAAGGAAUUGGUCAGGCGUAUCGAUGAACCUGUUUCAAGACACAUUGAAGAGCAAGGGCUAGAAUUUCUUCAAUUUGCUUUCCGUUGGUUCAACUGUCUUUUGAUACGUGAGAUUCCUUUCCAUCUCAUUGCACGCCUCUGGGACACCUAUCUUGCUGAAGGAGAUGCAUUACCGGACUUCCUAGUGUAUAUAUACGCUAGUUUUCUUUUGACGUGGUCAGAUGAACUGAAGAAGCUGGACUUUCAAGAGAUGGUGAUGUUCCUACAACACCUUCCGACGCAAAACUGGAUGGAUCAAGAGCUCGAGAUGGUCCUAUCCCGAGCUUACAUGUGGCACAGUAUGUUCAACAAUUCCCCGAGCCACUUGGCCAGCUGAACGAGUUCUUCCCCUUUCCUUUUCUCCUCCUUCCUACUGCGAAAGUCGGAUCUUCAUUGUACGGUAACGUUUAACGUUGUUAUGUCUUUGCUGUAAGCUCCAUCUUGUCUCUGGCUAACGAACGAGAUAGUCGUGUUGGUAUAUGUUAUGUGUUUGUGUUUGCGUAUGUGGUUGUGGUUGUCAUUUUAGCAGUUCGACCAUAAGGAUUAUUAGAAGAAAGAGAGCGUCUUUCCGUUUGAAGUUAUGGCUUAACUUUUUGGUUGGAUUCUUGUUCAUUGCAUUGUCUCUUUGGCAAGUGUACUAACUUGUUCAGUU